UCUGUUCAAUGACGCUUUACAGCAUCGCUUUCACCAAACGAGACGCGAACCAACUACAGGUUUGUAGAGUUUGUUUGACUCAGAAAGUUAUGGACCAGGUGUGAUCUUUUGUAUAUUUCACACAAUCUCUUUCACCAACCCUCCGUUCUCUAUCAAGAUGGCAUCAUGUGUUUCCGGCUGCUCUCCAGUGGUGAGGUUCUGUCAGAAGCUGAACAGGCUGAAGACGCUGGAGGAGGACGUAAUGGCAACUUCACUCAAACGUUGUCUGUCCACAGUGGACCUCGCACUGCUUGGUGUUGGUGGCAUGGUGGGUUCAGGCCUGUAUGUUCUCACGGGAACUGUUGCUAAAGACACUGCAGGACCAGCUGUAGUGGUGUCUUUCAUCAUAGCUGGAGUGGCGUCUCUCAUGGCAGCACUGUGUUAUGCUGAGUUUGGUGCCCGUGUACCAAAGACAGGCUCCGCCUACAUGUUCACUUACGUCUCUGUUGGGGAAAUCUGGGCAUUCCUGAUUGGCUGGAAUGUAAUUUUAGAGUAUAUGAUUGGUGGGGCGGCAGUAGCACGUGCAUGGAGUGGAUAUCUGGACUCUAUUUUCAAUCAUCGCAUUCAGAACUUCACCGAGAGUCAUGUGAUGCGUUGGAAUGUGCCCUUCAUUGCUCAUUACCCAGACCUCUUAGCAGCUGCCAUCCUCCUAGUAGCUUCCUUUUUCAUUUCAUUUGGUGUUCGUGUCUCAUCUUGGCUAAACCACAUCUUCUCAGCCAUCAGUAUGGCAGUUAUUGUUUUUAUCUUGGUGUUUGGCUUUGUACUGGCCGACCCAGUCAACUGGAGCACUCAGGAGGGAGGCUUUGCCCCCUUUGGACUUUCAGGCAUCCUGGCAGGAACUGCAACAUGCUUCUAUGCCUUCGUUGGCUUUGAUGUGAUAGCGGCUUCCAGCGAGGAGGCCAGCAAUCCUCAGAGGGCUGUUCCUGCAGCGACUGCAAUCUCACUAGGCCUGGCAGCCACAGCAUAUGUCCUGGUGUCCACAGUUCUUACCUUGAUGGUUCCAUGGCAUACGCUCGACCCAAACUCGGCGCUCUCAGAUGCGUUCUUCAGACGAGGAUAUAGCUGGGCUGGGUUCAUCGUGGCUGUGGGAUCCAUCUGUGCCAUGAACACUGUGUUGCUCAGCAACCUCUUCUCUCUCCCACGGAUCGUGUAUGCCAUGGCGGAGGAUGGCCUCUUCUUCUCUGUCUUUUCCCGUGUAAACCCUGUAACCAAAGUCCCGGUGAUCGCAAUUCUAGUUUUUGGCAGCCUUAUGGCAAUCCUUGCCCUCAUCUUUGAUCUGGAAGCCCUGGUCCAGUUCCUCUCUAUUGGCACUCUGCUUGCUUACACUUUUGUAGCGGCCAGCAUCAUAGUGCUCCGCUUCCAGCCAGAUAAAAGCAGUGGGAGCUCAGGAGGAGGUGGAAUCAAGACAGACGCUUCAUUCACACCUUCAAUGAACCAGUCAGGACAGCAGGUGGAUCCAUCUGCGGUGACGAAUGAGACCCAGACCUUUGCGCAGGACAGCGGAGAGCUGAAGGAGUAUGAGUCCUUCUCUGAUAAACUUCAGCUGGUGGAGCGGCAGAAGUCGGUGAAGGAGAGACGGGCUCCAGGCACACUGAAGGCUUGCUGGGAGCCGUAUCUGGGCCAAAUACUGGGGCACUGUGAGCCAGGCGAGGUGGUGGCGUUCUCUGUGCUCGCUCUGAUGGUCAGUGGACUCUCUCUUUGUGCUGUGCUGGUGUUCGGGAAUAACCAGCUGAAUCUGCCUGUGUGGAGCUUCACCCUGCUGCUGGUCAUCUUCAGUCUAGUCUUCCUGCUCAGUCUGGCUCUCAUCUGGGUCCAUGAACAGCAGCCCAAUCACAAGACUUUUCAGGUCCCUCUGGUGCCAUUUGUUCCUGGCUUCAGCAUCCUUCUGAAUGUAUUUCUCAUGUUGAAGUUAAGUCCAAUUACCUGGAUCCGUUUCGCCAUAUGGGUUGCAGCAGGUCUUCUGGUGUAUUUCGGCUAUGGUAUCUGGCACAGUAAGGAGGGUUUGCGGGAGCAGCAGGGGCAGGAAGUGGCAGCGCGUUACGUGGUCCUUCCCAGCGGCAGCCUGGUGGAGACCGUCCAGAACGUCCAGCCUGAAGGACACACUCUCAGCACACACUCACCAACCCACGACAAUCCACCUGCCAGCAGAUGAUCUGAUCAUGCUGAGGUGUGUUUACAGUACACCUGCAUGCCUGCCUGUUCUAUUACUCACGAUUUUCCUUCUCUUCAGUUUACUGACAACAUGUCAAGAUAAGCUGUUCAUCAAAACGAUGGUUUGAAGGUAAAUUCCAGGUUCAGUAACUUUUGUCAAAUAAUGUUGGUUACCACAAAAAAUUAUUUG